AUGGCCGAUACAAUGGGCGCCCCUGCGAAGGCCUUCAAGAAAAAGAAGGCUUUCGCAUUCCUUAAGUCAGCUACCAAGCCAGCUCCGAGCCUUGACUUGGAAGACGGCCGCUUCAACAAGGAAGCAGACGAGGACGAUGAUGGGCUCGAUUUGUUCAGGCGGUCACGGGACUUCUUCCCUGUCGUGGUCAAGGAGCAGGAGAAUCGACAGGCGACACCAGAAGAGAAAAGAGAGGAGUACAAGCGCUUUUCCCAACAAAGCACCCAAUCACCGUCCCCGCCAUCGUCAAAACGCCGAAAGCUGUCGUCGCCUGCGCAUGUAGAGUACUCGAGGGACACCGAAGAAGACCUAUACGGGCCACCAACACCUCCCCGCCGUGUCACAAAGUCUCCUUCGCCCUCUUUACGGAAACCACAUCUCAAACAGUCGACGCCGUCGCCAGCCAAAGGCAAGGGCAAAGAGAGGAUGCCGUCGGUGCAGCGUGAUACUCUUCCUACGCCGACCCGCUCAAAUUCCAAUCAGCCACCUGCAAAUAAGGUGAUUGCUCUGGAUGAUGACGACGAGGAGGAUGUUUUCAAAGAAGUUCCUACAGAGAAAUCUGCGGUUGCCAGAAGGACCGGCACAAGGACUAGUAACGAUGUACCGGCGCCCCUAGAAGAAGAGACGCCGAGUCCUGGCCCGAUCACAAUCGACGACAGUGACGAUGAUGUGUUUGAAAACCCUACCGAGCCCGAAGAUGACGACCCAUUUGCCCAUUUCAUUGAGCGAGCUCGCGAGCGCGAAGCUGCCGCCAAGGCUGAGGCGGCGGCGGCGGCGUCAGCGUCCAGGCCUGAGAUCCAACCCUCGACCCCGGAAGGUGCACCGUAUAAGAGGCGGGAGCCCAUGAUCGAGGUCAAGGUUUUCGUCCAGUCACGCAUGGCAAGGUUCCCCGAACUCGGUCCCUUCGGCGCGAAGCGAGGUAUGAACCAGAAUCUAGGAGUCAUUCGCAGGACAUUCUUGUUGUGGCUCAGGAAAAUGGGACGGUCGGUCUCGGGGGAGGAUGAGGCGGCUAUAUUCCUCACCUGGAAGCGCCGCAAGAUCUACGACGUAUCCACGGGCGUCAGUCUGGGGUGGAAUCCAUCGGUGGCUGAAGACCCGAGUUCGUCCUCCUCGACAUCCGGCUUUGUAAGGGGGGGUGUCCUGCUGGAGGCUUGGACGCAGGAGGACUUUGACGAGUGGAUUGCCGAAGAGGAAAGGGAGAGGAUGAUGCAGCGAGGCGAUUUGGUCGAGGACGUCCCCGAUGAUGAGCCCGUUGAGGAGCAGGUCGACGAUGCAAAGGUCCGAAUUUCCAUAAAGGAGAAAGAUCAGAAGCCGUUCAAUUUGUCGGUGGACAAGGACAUGGAGAUUCGUCUCCUCGUCCCUGCGAUUCGAAAAAUCAAGAAGAUCCCCAACGACCGGGAGAUCAAGCUGAGGUACGAGGGAGAGUGGCUAGAGGGGAACAUAACGGUUGGAGAGGCCGACAUUGAGGACUUCUGUACCGUCGAGAUGUACUUGAGGUGA